AUGGAGGAGAACAAGCAAAUUGGAGGCCAACAAAGAAAUGACACUUCCAAGAAGAGCCAAAGGGAGGAAGAUCAUCUCGCUACAUUCUUGAAAUAUCUAGAUGACCUUUACAAGGAAGCCACUGAGCUCUGCACGCUUUGCGGCGCUGAGGUUGCCAUCGUCCUCUCCUUGCCCUCUGGCGAGCUCUACACUUUUGGUUACCCCAACUUUGAGAUGGUUGUCGAUCGAUUCCUUAACCUCGACCCGAAACAACCCAUUGGCGGGAUUGGCGAUCCUGUUGAAGAUGCUGACGCCAACAUUGGCGAACUUAGCCCCGAAGAUACUCAGAAGCUGAAGGCCUGGCUUCUGGAAGUGAAGGACAAGAUUCGUGAGCACCGCGCGAAGUUGGCCGCCAACGCUCCCCCUACUGUAGCGGUGGCUGGCGAUGAUGCUGGUUCGGGGUCUUCUUCUGGCUAUGCUGGAGCUGGUUCUUUGGGCCAUGGCCUAGGAGGCAUGCCCUAG